AUGACUAGACAGGAUGAUGAAGAAGAUGGAUUUCAGGGGUAUACUUCACUAAUGACUCAACAAGAAGAUCACCAUGAAGCAGCAGCAGCCAUUGGUGUGGAUUUUGAAGGUCCAGAUUCAGUCAACGGCCAUCUGGGAAUUAUGGAAAAUAAGACAUUACCAGAGUACAAAGAAGGAAACCAGACCUCAAAAUCACCACCAAUGGCCACUCCCUACUUCUUCCUAUUCAUCUUCAUCCUCCUUUGCAGUCCUUACAAGAUAAAUUCAAGUUCAUGCUCACUGAAUUUCAGCCAAUUCCCAUAUGAAGCACACAGCGAGUGCUUUGACAUAGAUUCAGGUUCUAUCCCCUCUACAGUAAUGCGUUCAUGCUGCAGCUCAGCCCUCCAAUCUUUCUUCCAAGCAAUGGCUAUAAAAACCAAUCAGUCUGGAUCCAUAUUCCUCCAAAUGGAUGAAGCUCAAGAUUGUUUUAACACAUUCCAAAGUCUUCAUCAGAGGACUAAUCUCAAUAAAUGUGAAAUCCAACAGUUCAUCUCUUCUUCAACACCAAACCUGUGCUCAAAGGGAGUUGAUUCAAUCACAAAUUUUCUCGGGUUUGAGAGAUACAGCGCCGUCCAGUCCAAUUGUAAAGAUUUGUCUGCUUCUUAUUAUAGUGAUGAGACGUGUUUUAACUGCGUCUCCUCUUAUAGUCAGUCACUGCAAGCUUUGAAAGAAGGUGAUAGUUCAAAUGGACAAAGGUGUGCUGAAGCUCUCCUUGUUAGUCUUGCAAGCUCAGAUGUGAACACCCCAAACUGGGUCUAUGGGACUUUUUCUUGUUUAUGGAGUGAAAUACAGCUUCCAUGGACUACACAAAAUCAGAAGAAAGGACCUCUGCUGAGUUCCAAGGAACUCAUGGCUACGGUAAUUGCGGUAGCAGUGCUUGUCAUCCUAGCUCCAAUACUAUAUACACUAACCAGGAAGCAACUUCAACAUGCAAGUGAAGAGGACAUGGAUAAUCUAUCAGUCGUAGCCCUUAAAAAAGAACUAGAAGAUGAAGCCAGAAGUCACUUCGAUUGCUCUGGCCUCUAUGUAUUCUCGCAAGAUGAAAUGAACAGAGCUACCAAUUCUUUUGAUAAUUCAAACUUGAUUGGAGAGGGAACUCUUGGGAAAAUGUAUGUUGGAAGAAUGCCUAGCGGAAUGAGAGUGGCAAUCAAGAGACUUAAAGAGGGCAUUAAGCUUCAUACUCUUAUUGAUGAUAUAUGCCAGAAGGCAAAAAUAAGGCAUCCAAAUUUGGUGAGCACUCUUGGAUAUUGUGAUAGAGGAGAUGAGUGUCUGGUAUCUGAGUUCUGUGUUAAUGGUGAUCUUGAAAGCCGGCUUCUUGGUGAAAGAAGAGUACCGAUCUUGACAUGGGAACAGCGGUUGCAGAUAUCUAUUGGAAUUGCAAGGGGUUUAUGGUUUCUGCAUGACAAUCCCUUGCAGAAGAUGGUUCAUGGAGAUAUAAAGUUAACAAACAUAUUACUGAAUGAGAAAGUAGAGCCAAAGAUUUCAGACCCCAUCUUAUCAAACUCCAAGUUACAGAAGACUGAUCACAGCUCAGGAACUUCCGACGAUGUUCUCAAAUAUGGUGUUUUGCUGCUUCAACUUUUGACGGGAAGAAAGUCUCCAUCUCUAGUCGAGGAGGCAACAGAUGCAGUAAAGAAAGGAGAAAGUGUAAGCGCCAUGGCAGAUCCCAGCUUACGUGGGGCAAUGUUUGGAUCUGAGUUUCGAAAUCUGUUUUCCAUAGCUGUCUUGUGUACAGUUCCAAAUGAAUGCGAAAGACCAACCAUGAAACAAGUCUUGCAGAGACUUGAAGAAACACAGAUUCUUGUCUGA